GCACCAACGAUUUGAGAUAGAGGCGGGGCUGGGGCCCGAGAGCGGUUUUGACGCGCGGGGCACUGUGGGACGUACUGUGGGCAACGUGGGAUGGAACGGAAGCCUGGAAGGCUCAUACCGUAGCGACGCGGGAAGUCCGGACGCGGCAGCUGCCUGAAGAAGAGGCCUGAGGCUGAAGCAGCUUCGGCCCCGGCCGUGGCAAUGGCGGAGAGGCCAGAGGACUUAAACCUGCCCAAUGCUGUCAUCACCAGGAUCAUUAAAGAGGCGCUCCCGGACGGUGUCAACAUCUCCAAGGAGGCCCGGAGCGCCAUCUCCCGCGCCGCCAGUGUCUUCGUGCUGUACGCCACAUCCUGUGCCAACAACUUUGCAAUGAAAGGGAAACGCAAGACGCUCAAUGCCAGUGAUGUGCUCUCAGCCAUGGAAGAGAUGGAGUUCCAGCGGUUCAUUACCCCCUUAAAAGAAGCUCUGGAAGCUUAUAGGCGGGAACAGAAAGGUAAGAAGGAAGCUUCAGAGCAAAAGAAGAAGGACAAAGACAAAAAAACAGACUCAGAAGAGCAAGACAGGAGCAGGGAUGAGGACAAUGAAGAAGAUGAGGAAAGACUGGAAGAAGAAGAACAGAACGAAGAAGAGGACGUAGACAAUUGAAUAGGGAGGGUAGGCCAAGGCACUGUGGAAGCUACCACACUGAAAUGUGGAACAUGUUUAUGCAAAGCUUUUCCCUGCUGAGCAGAGCAGGCAAAGUUUGAUGUUUGCCUGAGAAGAGCAAAAUAAAAACUGACUAGAAUUAUCAUCAAGACUAGCGCUUUCCAGACUCAGAGCAUCUGAGUGACAGAAUUCUGUUUUGCUUAAUCAGUCUGAGGGUUAUGACUUUUUGUAAGGGAUUCUCAAUGGCUAAUUAGUCGAAUUAAUAUAUCUUGUUUACUUACAUGUAUGGCUAGGUAGUUUUUGAUCCCAAGUCUUUUUGCCCCUCCACAAAAGUAAUAACUUCCAUGCUACCUGCCAUGUUCCAUAUUACAGAGGCAGUCAAGGCUCAGGAAAAAUUGGUCAGUCUGUUUGUAACAGUAUUUGGCAAUAGUACCUUAUUAAGAAUGAUCAGAAUGGUUUAGCUU